GCUGGUAAAGAGGCAGAGGGAGUUGAAUGGGGACGUCGACAUUAGCCGAAUUGCUGGCGGAAUAAAGCAAAAAACGUUAUUUGAAUUAGGUUUCCUCGCAGCACGGCAAGCGAAUGAAAACGUUAUAUUACCUCUUACAGCUGAAACCCCGUAAGAUUAUCGACAAUGUGGCGUUUGUGAGAGAGAAAUCCAUGAACUACCGUCGAGCUAUUAGGUCCCUGACUGAAAGACAGUGAGGUCGCAUUCAAAUAGAUUGAGGUCUAUUUUGUAUUUUGCGUUAUAGCGAUUGCUGUAAAUACAACAAGAACCGCAACAACGACAGCAACUACGGCUGCGAACAUUUCCGACAUGGAAUUUUGCGCGAAGGUUUGGGAAAAUUCGUCAAAAUGAGAACGUCAAACCAUCAUUAACGCGGAUUUAAUGCGUUUUGCAGAGGGACACCGACUGGCUCUAUGAGCACCGAAGUGCGGCUUGCCUGCACGUCACGUGUUCGAUUGGAAAUCGCUCUGUGUUGAAGGGAAACCGGGUAAAAAUACUGUUGAGGGGAGAAGGAUAUUUAAAGCAAUAUGGCUGGUGAGUGGGGUUUGGGCCGCUGGCAGAAGCUCUCCAAAGCUUCUGGAUGGUAGUUGUGGCAGAUGGCAGCGAUCUGAAUGGCAUCGGCAGCGUUAUAAUGACUAACACCAUUAUUGAUAAUAAAAAUCUGCGAUCGUCCUCGGUAUUUAUAUCCAAGAUGGAUGUGAUCAUCCCGUUUUCACCAGACGUGCCCUGUGACAGCAAUGGCCAGCGUAUGUGGUGGGCAUUUCUUGCCUCGUCCAUGGUCACGUUUUUUGGGGGUCUGUUUAUCAUUCUUCUGUGGAGAACCCUCAAAUACCUGUGGACUGUGUGCUGCCACUGCAACAUCAAAAACAAGGAAACACAGAAGGUCAACAACCCGACCAGCAACAUGGCGGAUGGACCAGCGAAAAGCCCUCAUGAAAAAGAGGAAGCUCCUGCCAGUGAGGUGGGCUGGAUGACCUCUGUCAAAGACUGGGCAGGGGUCAUGAUCUCUGCGCAGACAUUGACCGGCAGGGUGCUGGUAGUGUUGGUAUUUGCGCUCAGCAUUGGAGCACUUGGAAUAUACUUCAUAGACUCCUCCGACCCAAUAGAAUCCUGUCAGAAUUUCUACAAAGACUUCACAUUACAGAUCGACAUGGCUUUCAAUGUCUUCUUCUUACUCUACUUUGGGCUACGCUUCAUUGCAGCCAACGAUAAGCUGUGGUUCUGGCUGGAGGUGAAUUCUGUGGUGGACUUCUUCACUGUCCCUCCAGUGUUUGUGUCUGUGUAUUUAAACAGAAGCUGGCUUGGUUUAAGGUUUCUAAGAGCCCUGAGAUUGAUCCAGUUCUCAGAAAUUUUACAGUUUUUGAAUAUUUUAAAAACAAGCAAUUCUAUCAAGCUGGUGAAUCUGUGUUCCAUCUUCAUAAGCACCUGGCUAACAGCUGCGGGGUUCAUUCAUUUGGUGGAAAACUCAGGGGACCCUUGGGAAAACUUCCAGAAUUCCCAGUCACUUUCCUACUGGGAAUGUGUCUACCUACUGAUGGUCACUAUGUCCACUGUGGGGUACGGGGACGUGUAUGCGCGGACCACCCUUGGCCGCCUGUUCAUGGUCUUCUUCAUCCUCGGUGGUUUGGCCAUGUUCGCCAGCUACGUCCCUGAAAUCAUAGAGUUAAUAGGAAACCGCAAGAAAUAUGGUGGUUCCUAUAGUGCGGUAAAUGGGCGGAAGCAUAUUGUGGUCUGUGGUCACAUAACGCUGGAAAGUGUAUCCAACUUCCUGAAAGACUUCCUACACAAGGACAGGGAUGAUGUCAAUGUAGAAAUUGUUUUUCUCCAUAAUAUUUCCCCUAAUCUUGAGCUGGAAGCCUUAUUCAAACGCCACUUUACUCAGGUGGAAUUUUACCAAGGGUCUGUUCUCAAUCCGCAUGAUCUGGCCCGGGUGAAGAUUGAGUCCGCAGACGCCUGCCUGAUCCUCGCAAAUAAGUACUGCGCCGACCCUGAUGCUGAGGAUGCCUCCAACAUCAUGAGGGUAAUCUCCAUCAAGAACUAUCAUCCAAAGAUACGAAUUAUCACUCAGAUGCUACAGUACCACAACAAGGCCCAUCUGCUGAACAUCCCAAGCUGGAACUGGAAGGAGGGUGAUGAUGCCAUCUGCCUGGCUGAGCUGAAGGCCGGCUUCAUCGCCCAGAGCUGCCUAGCCCAGGGCCUCUCCACCAUGCUGGCCAACCUCUUCUCCAUGAGAUCGUUUAUCAAGAUUGAAGAGGACACAUGGCAGAAGUACUACCUGGAGGGAGUAGCCAAUGAGAUGUACACAGAGUACCUGUCUAGUGCCUUCGUUGGCCUGUCCUUUCCGGCGGUUUGUGAAUUGUGCUAUGUGAAGUUGAAGCUGUUGUUGAUAGCUAUUGAGUACAAGUCUGAACAAAGAGAGAGCAGAAGCCGAAAGCGCAUUCUCAUCAAUCCUGGGAACCACGUCAAGAUGCAGGAAGGGACGCUAGGAUUCUUUAUUGCCAGCGAUGCCAAAGAAGUCAAGAGGGCGUUUUUCUACUGCAAAGCUUGCCACGAUGACAUCACAGAUCCCAAAAGGAUCAAAAAGUGUGGCUGUAAGCGGCUGAUAUAUUUUGAAGAUGAACACCCGUCAACACUGUCGCCCAAAAAAAAGCAGCGAAAUGGGGGGAUGCGAAACUCGCCCAACUGCUCGCCCAAAAUGACAAGACACGAUCCCUUACUCAUUCCAGGAAAUGAGCAAAUUGAGAACAUGGACAUGAAUGUGAAAAAGUACGACUCCACAGGGAUGUUUCACUGGUGUCCGUCCAAAGACAUUGAGAAGGUCAUCUUGACCCGGAGCGAGGCGUCCAUGACGGUCCUGAGCGGGCAUGUGGUGGUCUGCAUAUUUGGAGAUGUCACGUCCGCUUUGGUAGGCCUGCGAAACUUGGUGAUGCCUCUGAGAGCCAGCAACUUCCACUAUCACGAGCUGAAGCCCAUCGUGUUUGUGGGCUCCCUAGAGUACCUCAGGAGGGAGUGGGAGACCCUCCACAACUUCCCCAAGGUUUCCAUCUUACCUGGCACACCGUUGAGUCGGGCUGAUUUAAGGGCUGUCAACAUAAACCUCUGCGAUAUGUGCGUGAUCCUGUCAGCCAAUCAGAACAAUAUUGAUGAUGCCUCACUGCAGGAUAAGGAAUGCAUCUUGGCAUCCCUUAACAUCAAGUCUAUGCAGUUUGAUGACAGUAUUGGGGUCUUGCAGGCUAAUUCCCAAGGUUUCACGCCUCCUGGAAUGGACAGGUCAUCUCCAGAUAACAGCCCGGUACAUGGCCUGGUGCGACAGGCCUCCGUCACCACCGGAUCCAACAUCCCCAUCAUCACCGAGCUUGCCAAACCAGGCAAACUACUACCCUUGGUUUCAUUCAGUCAGGAAAAAAACAGUGGAACCAACAUUCAAAUGAUAACAGAACUUGUGAACGAUUCCAAUGUUCAGUUCCUGGAUCAAGACGAUGACGACGAUCCCGACACAGAGCUGUACCUUACGCAGCCCUUCGCCUGUGGGACUGCCUUCGCUGUUAGCGUGCUGGAUUCACUAAUGAGUGCAACUUACUUCAAUGACAACAUCCUGACGCUGAUCCGGACACUGGUGACAGGGGGCGCUACGCCGGAGCUGGAGGCACUGCUGGCGGAGGAGAACGCCCUGCGGGGGGGCUACAGCACGCCCCAGACACUAGCCAACAGGGACCGGUGUCGCGUGGCCCAGCUGGCCCUCUACGAUGGCCCCUUCGCUGACCUGGGGGAUGGUGGCUGCUAUGGUGACCUCUUCUGUAAAGCAUUAAAAACAUAUAACAUGCUUUGCUUUGGAAUUUACCGACUAAGAGACGCACACCUGUCUACCCCCAGCCAGUGCACCAAGCGGUAUGUCAUCACCAAUCCACCAUACGAGUUCGAACUGGUCCCCACAGACCUGAUCUUCUGCCUGAUGCAGUUUGACCACAACGCUGGCCAGUCACGGACCAACCUCUCCCACUCCUCACACUCCUCACACUCCUCCAGCAAAAAGAGCUCGUCAGUCCACUCCAUCCCCACCACCAACCGGCAGAACCGCAGCAAGGCACGGGACCCCAGGGACAAACAGAAUGCAACAAGGAUGAAUAGAGUGAGCCAAGAAAAGAAAUGGUUUACAGAUGAGCCAGAAAAUGCCUACCCAAGGAACAUUCAAAUCAAGCCCAUGAGCACUCACAUGGCCAAUCAAAUCAAUCAGUAUAAAUCCACAAGCAGCCUGAUUCCACCAAUCAGAGAAGUUGAAGAUGAAUGCUAAAUCACAGGCCCUUGAUGACAUCAGGGAUAUCCAGACAUUCUCCUGGAAAUGUGAGCGUGAAGAUGAUGAUAAUGUUGAUGCUGGUGAUGAUGAUGACGAUGGUGAUGAAGACGAGUCAUUGCUCCUCAUUUGUAUCACAUCAAGGGUUAAUAUGGUAAGGAAGUUAGAGGGGACCCUCUUAUAUGUAUACUUUCAAUUUACUUCCAUGCUUUUGGAUAUUUUAUUUACACAUGUAUACACAGAAAUGUAUAUAAUGACAAUCAAAUAUGGAUUGUACAGCCCCUAGCACUUUUUGAAAUUAUUUUAAGAUAAAUACUUCCUGUAAUUCUUUGCAAUAGUACACUUUUAUAUGUGACAAGACUCCAUAUUCAGCCAUUGGUGGAGGAUGAGGGUCAUUGUAGAGUCGUUUCCCAAAGAGUCUCACAGAAUACGUCAUAUCAGCCAGACAUAGAAGUACUCUGUCAUACGUAUCCCAUGUCUACUUCUUUUAACUAUUUGCACUGAAGAAAACUAUUUUUGAACUGACUAUAUACAGUAACUCAAAAUAUAUGACAUGGAAAGUAUAUCUACUUUUUAUUUUUUCACUUGAAUGGGGAAAAGUCUGGCUUUAUUGGUAAGGUAGUGAAUCAGAGGUUUGUGAAAUCAAGUGUGUGCUAUGAGUGUACAGUUGAAUAAUAUAAAUGAUUGCAUUCCUUCUGUUUGAUAUCAUUUCAUGACUAUUGUCCCAGACAUUCAUAGAAAUGCAGUGAUGUUUGGAUUCACAGACACAUGGUGAGGGUUUGAAACCUUGUAUUGUAUACAAAUAUUGAAAGUCUUCGUCAUGCUCUGAUUUAGCAUUUCGCAUUCAGUGCAUUUCCUACCCUGGUAUACAUCAAGGUGUUUUUAGAUAUGUGUUCUCUAUACAUUUUUUUUUGGAGCACAUAUUGAGAGCACAGAUUUUUUGUGAGCAUCUUGCUGUUAUUUAUGCCUGGACGUGGAGCCCAGGAACAGAUGGCUUUGCCGAGUUAAAACCAUAACAGAUGACCCUGGCAAACAAUUGGUCUGUACCUCUGGACCUGCUCUAGUUUCCAAAGGCCAAUGCUAUACUCUACACUAUGAUUGAGCUGCAUAAAGGGAAAUACCUUAAAAUGUUUUCAAAUAAGGUGUAUGGUCUGCAGAUGCCGAUUUGAAGGUUUGGGAAUGCCACAUAUUGCGUAAAGUGGGCAUCCAUGGAUCCUCCUUUGGCUGUAGCCACUGCCUGACAUAGGACUGGCAUGGAGGCAGUAGAGUGCUUGGAUGUUCUCCAUGGCCAAUCCUGAUGCUGUGCCCUUAUAAAUAUAAGCAUUCUAAAAAACAAGCUCAAUCAUAGAUGGAGUAAUGGUAUUGGAAACCAAAACAUGAUACCAGUGAGCCAGUGGGGAAUGCAAUAUUUAUAUUAUUCUGGUAGUGACAGAAACUAUAGGCAUUCCAAUUAACCAGUCCCCCUUGUUGGUGAUCUUAUCUUGAUGUUGUGAGUGGUGUAUAGUAGAGACUUUCCGAUAUUCAGACAAAAUUCAAAUUUUAUUCAUUUUGAACUCAUGUUCAUACCGUGUGUAACCAUACAAACAGAAAUUCCUUUUUGUACUUAUUUUUAUACAUCUUAGGAACACCUUUUACAUUUUCAUGUUGCUAAAUGCAUCAUAUCCAAAAAGUACAUAAAAACAAGUGAAUGCACUCUUACUAUUGACAAAUAUAUGAUCUUAAAGUAGGUUGCAGGUGUUUGUUUUGCUUCCCCUGACUUUCAUAAAUAUACUACACACUGCACUUGCUGUAUAAUGCUGUAUUUGUUACAGGGUUCCCCCAAAAUUGAUCAAAUCGCUGCAAGUACAACUACAGAGAACUAUUUGGUUUCCUUUGAGUGCUCAGUCUAGGGCUGCUUUGAAGUAGUUCUGCAGCUGUAUUAACUGAGUAUUUGUAAACCCUCCAAUUCUCCAUCUGUGAACAGGAAUAAACAUAAAUUGUGAAUGAGUGUUGCAUUACAUAUACCGUGGUAUAAUUAGAAAUGUUGACGAGUGUAACCCUAAACUAACACAGACUUAGAAAUGUACAUGAAGAAGGCCAGCUGCCUCUCCUUUAUGAUAUGGGUAGAACUGAAUCCUUUCCAUUGUGGAAGCUUGACCUAAAUUAGGUCUCAUUAAUGGAGUAGCACACUGAAACAUUUCCAUUUGCAUACAGGUGUACCGUUCUCUCCUGAUUGCGUCGCAAGCAUACGAACAGAGCAUCAGUGCAUCCCAGAUUUUAUAAGUGGUUAAGGCAAUAGCCAUAAGAAAUAGACAAAAGAAAUGUAUUACAAUGUCUUCAUCACUGAGGAAACAUACACAUAUAUGAAUCUGUAUAAAUUUGUCCUGUAAAUUCUACCCAUUAUAGACCAUACUUUUUUAAGCAAAAUUGUCUCAGCUUCGACGUUCAUCUACCAGGGAUGGUAUGAAUCUUAUCAUACCAUUGCCUCAUAAGCUUUUGUUCUGGAGUGAAGUUUUGAAUUGUGAUUACGUUGUUGUUACA